AUGAGUCGUCAAAUUCUUCUCCUUCUUCUUUCCCCAAUCGCUGUUCAGGCAUUUUUCCGACCAAUUUACUCCGGUGGAGGUGGUGGACAUGACUGUGAAGAGACAGCAACUUCUUCCCCAUCUGAAUCGACGCCUUCUGAAUCGACGCCUUCUCAAGUUACACCAAAAUACAGUUACACUUGCCCAGAAGAAGAAGCGAAAAAACACAUCAUCACGGAUCUGAAACAUGCUACUGGAUCUGUUGCCAUUGCGGGAGAUCGUUUGAAACAAUGUGUGACUGGUAACAACCCAGCGCUUCUAGACGAAAAUAUGAAAACUCCACCUUGUAACGACAAAAAACUAGAGUAUACUCUUCCGGCAUCCGCCAACACAAAUGCCGAGUUCCUCUGGAAUAGCUGGGCAUUGAACGAGCCAAGUCACAAUAUGUGGCAGUAUGAAUCCGAAGACUGUCUCCAAAUGGUUAUCAAACCAACCGACCCGAAUAGAAAUGGCAAAAUCAACGAUAUCUACUGCCUUUUGAAUGCCGCUCCCAAUAACCCAACCGACACAAGCUUCAUGAACUAUGGAGCUUACUGUGGAAAGCCUGUUGAUAUUGAAGCAACUAUUUGA